GACCGGCGCGGGUGGUGCAUGGGAUAGGUGGCUGUCGGAAACCGGGCGUACGGGGUGUCACGUGACGGCCCGUGCGAGGUCACGGGGCGCGAGGAGUUCGACGGUGCUGAUUGGUGGUCGUAUAUCUUCCAGGGUCAUGCUGAAGCACGUGCAGAUCAACCCGCCGCGGUCCUCGCUGAUACGGUCUGGCCAGAAGGCGGACACUCUGAGCAUCAACUCCACCAUGAGCUUCAGCUCACUGCACGAGCCGGCUCUGUCGUCUCGCUCCUCCUCCUACACAUCGCUGAACGAGACACAGAGCAGCACGGGCAGCACCAGCGUGCCGGCCACGCCCACGACGACGGUGAAGGUGUACACGCGCUGUCUGCGGCCUGACCUCGAGUACAAGACCAUGUGUGUCAAGUACACAACCACGUGCCGGGACGUGGUGGACCAGCUGCUCAAUAAGUACCGCAUGAAGCACCGCGACCCUAACCUGUUCUUCCUCACCAUGGAGGUGGCCACCAGGAGCACAGGUGCUUCUGUGCGGACGAUCCUGGUGCUGGAUGACGACUCGUGUCCAGCCCAGCUGCAGGCCUGCUACCCGCGCGCCGACUCCAGGUUCACCGUUCGCAUGAGGCGAGGCGGCCUGGUGAAGGUGUUCGACAGCGUGCUCAUGGCAGGGUCUAAGUACAAGAGCCUGCUGAUCUCGGAGAGGACAACUGUUGACCAGAUGAUCCAGUUGUUGCUGAACUGUUACAACUCCUCGGAGGGCGUCAAUCUCUUCGGCAUUUACGAGGUGGGCCGUACAACGGGCUUCGAGCGCAAGCUGCAUCCGGACGACCGUCCGCUGCUCAUACAGCAAGAGUGGGCCUCCAGCAGCGACUACAGCUUCGUGCUGAGGAAGCGGCCGCCGGGCACACCACGCAUCGGACGGGACUUCCCCCUCAGGCGAUCGUUCCUGCAGUGGAGCAGGAGCAGGGGACUUGCUCGGCCCGCCCUGGAGUCCGGCGGAAUGGAGGAUGUGCGCUCCUCGGCUUUCCACACCACCUCUCUCUCGUUGGCACCCUGCAAAGACUACGAAAGCUUUCUCUACAUCUGAACGGCGAGACUUAACUCGCGGACGUAAAUACCAAAGAGUCUGCUUCUGUUCACCGUGCACCCCGGCCAACGCCCGUCACGACUGCUGUCUGGGCGAGGGAUUGACCAAUGAUCACGGCGGGCGCACAGCGGCAUAUUUUUGUAGGCGGACGAGGAAAACAGUGUUGGCUUUGUCUUUGUGACCUGUAGCCCGUUUGUGAUGUUAGCUUCGGGGGUAGGUGAGCAAUGGCUCUAGCACUGUCAGAUGCUCCUCAUGUGGUGGUGUGUCUGAACGAUGAAGUUUUUAUCGCAGAUCAUGACUUAAUUGAGGCAGUACUGUCAUGAUUUCGUUUUCAGGUGGUUCCCAUACACAGACUUGUUGCCGUGCGUUCAAAAGUUCCGUUUUGAGGCCUGACCCGUUUUCUGUUUUAUGUGCCUUGUUUGUCAUUGUCUUAUAUCUAGUCAGUGAAUGAAGUGUAAGUUAUUGACGUGUGUAGGAACAAAAAUAUACCUGUAAGAACAUUUUGCAA